CCGUUCUCGUCUAGAGCUUGCGGUUUAUCCCUCUUGUUGCCCAACACUAACACCGGAAUGCCGGCUAAUUGCGGUUUAUCCAGCAAAUUGUGGAGUUCGUUCCUGGAUGCUUCGAUUUUGUCCGGAUCUGCGGCAUCUACCAUAUACCUGUCAAAAUACUCGUAUUACCAAGCAUAGUAUAUAAAUAUAAGUAUAAACUUACACUAUAGCGUUUACGCCUCUACAAUAUCUCUCCCACAUCGACCUAAACCUAGGCUGGCCCCCGAUAUCCCAAACUUUAAUCGUAACAUUCCCUUUGGUUAUUUUUCUCAUGUUAAAACCCACCGUAGGUAUCAUGUCUUCGCUAAAUUGACCAGACUGCAAACGAAACGACGUAAAUCAAAUUGUUAUUCACCUUUAUUUGUGUGUACAUACGGCGAUAACGUUGACGAAUGUUGUUUUGCCCGAAUACUGCAACCCCACUAGGGUCAGUUCCAUUUCUUCCUUCCAAAACAGGCUCUUGAACCAGUCCAAUAUCCUGUUCAUCAACGACAACAUCUUGUUUUUGGUAUUCGCUAGUGGAAUAUUUCAACGAACGUUCGAAAAUUGAUACAUAAAGAAAAAAUCGAAAAAAUCUACACCUAUCUGCGAAUUUGACACUUAAUAUGUAAACGUCAUUAGUGUCAAAUAGAACAAAACAAUUCUUCUUUUUAUUUAAAAUGAAAAAUGGUUGGCUGGUGGUUAAGCAAGAGUCACGUCAGCUGGUGCGCUAGCGGGAAACUCAAAACAACGCAGUAGGUUUCCAUGACGAACGCGAUGGGCCGCGAUCGUUUCGAUAAAUUCUCACAAACGAAAAUCGAAAACCGCAACGAAAAUACAAAUAUUUUUCGAUCGAUAGUAAUAGUAAAAACCGCAACAAAUAGAAAUUCCGUCGACAAUACGACCAGUCGUGGUAAAUAAUAGUCGCGACAAGUUGAUGGAAAAAUAGCCUGAUAAUAAUUAUGAUUAAAUAAUCGUCGUGUUCCUCGAUAAGAACCGGUACGUGUAUAAAUAAAGCGCGAAGGCCCCGAUUAAUCCAUUCACAUGCCUACGCAUUUUCGAACGCGAAUCGUUGCCGACUUGAUACAUUACUAAAUCACUAAAUCCUUGAAAAAUAUCGAAAAGAUGAGCGCGAUUGCGGACCUAUCAGCUGAUCAGAAAAAGGCUCUGGACACGUUAGCUGUCAACAAUUUUCGCGAAUACCUGCAAAUUCCAUCGGUGCAUCCCAACGUCGAUUACGCUCCUUGCGUGGAAUUCUUGAAAAAGCAAGCUAAAACUUUGGGCCUACCGGUUCAAGUAUUCUCAACAAAUCCUGGUAAACCCAUUGUGGUACUAACAUGGACGGGAAAGGAGCCUCUUUUGCCCAGCAUACUGUUGAACAGCCACAUGGACGUCGUGCCCGUAUUCCCAGAAAAAUGGACCUACAAGCCGUUCGAUGCCCACGUGGACGAAAAAGGCAACAUCUACGCCAGGGGGGCGCAGGACAUGAAGUGCGUGGGCAUCCAAUAUUUAGAGGCCAUCAGGAGGCUCAAACAGCGAGGGGUCAGUUUGAGACGAACCGUACACAUAAGCUUCGUACCUGACGAAGAAACCGGAGGCGUCGAGGGCAUGAAGGCUUUCGUGAAUACCAACGAUUUUAAGAAUUUAAACGUCGGUUUCGCUUUAGACGAAGGCAUGGCGAGCCCCAAUAACGAUUCGCCCGUAUUUUACGCCGAGAGAGUUAUAUGGCAAAUGCAUUUCCACGUACCCGGCCAUCCGGGGCACGGUUCCUUGCUGCUCGAGAACACGGCCGGAGAGAAGGCCGCUCGUCUUCUGAAUAAAAUCUACGAAUUCAGGCGAGGCGAACAGCAGAAAAUGAAAGACAACGCGAAUUUGACCAUCGGAGAUGUCACAUCCGUAAACGUAACGCAAAUGCAUGGCGGCGUACAAACCAACGUAAUUCCCCCGGAGUUUGUGGUAACGGUCGAUUGUCGACUAGCCAUAACUGUCGACUUCGUAAAGUUCGAAGAAACUCUGAAUAAAUGGUGCAAGGAGGCGGGGCAAGGAGUUUACAUCGAAUACGAGCAGAAACAGACUCUCAUCGAGCCCACGAAAGUGGACAACACCAACCCCUACUGGGUGGCUUUCAAGACAUCCAUGGACGAACUCGGUCUGACUGUGAAAAGCCAAGUGUUCCCGGGGGGCACCGAUAGCCGGUACAUCAGGAACGCCGGAAUACCCGCGUUGGGCUACUCGCCCAUGCCCAAUACGCCCGUUUUGCUGCACGACAACGACGAGUAUCUCAGCACUGAUGUGUUCCUGAAAGGGAUCGAUAUUUAUAGCAAAAUAAUACCGGCAGUCGGCAAUCUGGUCGACAGAACGGGCUGAAUGGUGUUGUUUUAAGGCCUUCGAUAAUCGAGAAAAAUCAGGGACAAUCUGUAUAAGAGUGCAAAAAGAUACAUUCAGGGCCGGUUAGCUUAUGCCAUAUAUUACCGGAUUUCAUUAGUUUGGCGCCUAAUCUAGCGUCUUAUCUUAUUUACUUAAAGAGAAACUUGGAAAAUCGGACAUGUUCUAAAAUAAUAUCGUAGUGUUAUCAUUUUGCUCAAUUUAUGAAAAGUAAAUUAUUUACUUAUAUUUUGAUACCUAUAAUCUCAAAAUAAAAACAAACUCAAAAACGCACUACAAAAUGAUACUGAUCACACUUUAAUCGACCACGAAUUAAUUGAUCCUGUGUUAACACCGUGUUAAAUCGAGAUUUUCCUUUCAUGCAACGCAAAAUAUUCCUUAAUAGGCGUUAACACGGUGUUAACACUGGAUCACAGUUUCGUGCAACCGGCUCUGAAUAAUUACGCGAAAUUGUUCCCGAUUUUUCUGUUGUUUAUACUAAAAUAACGGUUUUUGUACACGAUUUGUGAAAUGUUUUGUUUGCGAGAGAUAUAUUUACUGGU